CAUACCUAAUCACACUGUACACCAAAAGAUUUUACUUUUUCCACGCAUGUCUAGACAUUUUGCCAAACCGACAAUAUAAAAAGUAACGUUUGCUUAUAAAUAGUUCGUUUGGUAAAUAAAAAUCGAUGUGUCGUAUGGCUGAGUUUUGUGGCAGGUCACUUAGUAUCUGUGGUAAAACUGUUCUUGUAUUUAUUGUACUCUAUAAUACGAAUAUUACUAUUUAUUUUUAAUCAAAUUUCUUCUUGGAUAAGUUUUCUUGUACAGUUCAUUUAUCAUCAAUAAUGGCCGAUGAAACUGCCGCAGCACACAAAGUCUUGGACAGCAAUAACCAGUUUACCGUUAACCUUUACAACGUUUUGGUUGGAUCAUCACCAGGGUAUAUAAUCUUCUCUCCCAUCAGUAUUCAUGCUGUUCUUUCCAUGGCUUACCAAGGCGCCCGGGGUACAACAGCUGAAAAAUUUGCUUCCACGUUAAACGUACCAGAGGCUAAAGUGGCGAAAGAAGGUUACAGUGUUGUAAUGAACCGUCUCAAUUUUCUUUCCGAUGUUACACUUUUGAUGGCCAAUAGAGUUUACCUUAUGGAGGGUUGUAAACUUUUACCAGACUUCAGCGAAGCUCUCACUAAAAAUUUCCAGUCUGAUGUGCAUUUACUUAAUUUUUGUAACCAGAAGGCAGCUGCUUCAACUAUUAACACUUGGGUUGAAGAGAAAACUAAAGAAAAAAUCAAGAAUUUAGUCAACAAAAAUGAUUUAAAUAUAGACACGCGAUUAGUACUUGUAAACGCUAUUUAUUUCAAAGCCAGAUGGAGGGAAGUAUUUGACAAGGAAGCCACCAAAACUGAUCCAUUCUAUCUAAAUGAUGCAGAUUCAGUAAAUGUGCAAAUGAUGCAUAUAAAAAAGAAGUUUUAUUAUAAAGGAAUGAAGGAGUUGGAAGCACAAAUCUUGGAAAUGCCAUACACCAAUGGAAACCUAAGUAUGGUCAUUAUUUUGCCUUCUAAGAGAAAUGCAAUUGUCGAGUUGGAAAAAAAGUUGUCUACUGUAAACUUGGCUGAAAUUACAAAUAAGAUGUGGCACAUUAAAGUUACCGUUGCCUUGCCAAAAUUCAAAAUUGAACAAACCAUUGAUUUAGAAGAUUCUUUAACCAAGCUUGGUCUUGGCGAAAUAUUUGAUCAAUCUGCAGCUAACUUCACGGGUAUGAUUACGUCAAAAGAACCUUUACAUGUAAGCAAAGUUAUACAGAAAGCGUUUAUUGAAGUCAAUGAAGAAGGAUCUGAGGCAGCAGCAGCCACUGAAAUGAUAAUCGAGCGUAAGUGUCAUGUAAAGGGCCCAGAUAUCUUCUUCAUUGCUGAUCAUCCGUUUGUUUUAAUGUUGUUGGAAAAAUCUGAGGGAAAGCCAAAUAUCUUAUUUGCUGGAAAAAUAAUGAACCCGCAACUUUAAGAACCAAGUUAUAGUUUACUUGGAAUAGAACGAACAAGUUAAGUUGUAAAAUGAAUAUUUGCAAAGUGUUUAAUCAUACCGAAGGCUAGACAACCCGUUAGAAAGUUGUAGACUACAGUUUCGAUCUUGUUGGAUCUCAUCAGUCCAGCACAUUCCAUCGAGUUGUCUAGCAUUCAUUGUGUUUCGCUUAUGUGCGUAAGCUUAGCAACCAGGUGUUACAUCUCACUAACACCAAUAAAUGUUUGUGUUACUUCCUU